UAAUUAUCUAAGGAAGGUUUAAAAUACUGCUGUUGUUCAAACCACCCACCCCCAAGUGUUUUGCAUUUUAAACAUGUACGUUAAAAAGUUAAGAAAGUUGUUUACUAAAACCACAAGAUAAAUACAAAAAAUGUUAUUGUUUAAUCUCUUUUCGUUCGUUGGUUGACAUGGAAAUUUAUUUGGAGCCACACCUUCAAAAUGGGAAAGCUAUAUAUAAAACUGUUGCAGAACCCACAAAGACAAAGAAACAGAAUUACAAUCAAUAUGAUGAAAUCCGCAAUUAGACUCCUGGCCGUGCUGGUCCUGUAUGCAGCCAAUGUGACUACAACACCUAUUCCAGAUGCUGUAACAGUAUCCAUAGACCCAACAAUUGGAGAUGAUAACUUGGAGACAUAUGUUCCAGAUGCUGUAACAGACACAACAAUUGGGGAUUAUGACAGCUCUGAGACAUAUGUUCCAGAUGCUAUAACAGUAUCCAUAGACCCAACAAUAGGAGAUGAUAACUUGGAGACAUAUGUUCCAGAUGCUGUAACAGACACAACAAUUGGGGAUUAUGACAACUCUGAGACAUAUGUUCCAGAUGCUAUAACAGACACAAUAAUUGGGGAUUAUGACAGCUCUGAGGCACCUGUUCCAGAUGCUAUAACAGUAUCCAUAGACCCAACAAUAGGAGAUGAUAACUUGGAGACAUAUGUUCCAGAUGCUAUAACAGACACAACAAUUGGGGAUUAUGACAACUCUGAGACACAACAAUUGGGGAUUAUGACAACUCUGAGCAUGAUAACCAUGACCUUGGAUCCCCUGAUUAUGACACAGCACCUAAACAAACAACAUGACCACCACCAAGAACAUCCAGUUAGAGCCGAUACGUCACAGGUACACAAAGAUUAUGUGACAACCCCAGAACUUAAGGAAGUGAAUAAAUGAAUGGAAAAAUUGAAUUUAAAUAUGUUGUUGAUGAAAUUCUGAAAUAAAACAAAAGUGAUUAUGUAUUAAACACAACAUUUCGGAGCUGAUUAUAUUCUUUACUAUCUUCUUAUUACACAGUGUAUUGUACUUUCAACCCUUCCUCACACACAGUUUACAACGCAUGCUAUUGCUACACUAUCAGAACAUGUCUCAAUAAAUGCCUCCAUGUCUUUAACUUUGGUUCUUAAACGCAACAGAUUUUUCAAGGAAAAGCACAUAAGGGGAAACUUCAAAAUGUAACUAGUGCUAUACAGUAUCUAUACAGAAAAAUGGGACAUACUAAAGGAAGGUCCCGGAAGGACCACGGUUUGAAGUGGAAAGACUGUGGUUUACCCUGGAAGGACCACUUUGAAUGUUAAAGGCUUUAGAGACAAAUUAUCUUUUUUUUAUAAAUAUAGCAUAGUUAAAAAAAAAAAAAGUGUUACCUGUAAUUUUGUUACACGGCGACAACUAUCAAUAAUGAUUAGGUUAAAGUUACGAUUGAGGCUAGGAUUAGUGUAAUAGAAUGACAGAGAUGAUAAAAUGAUAAUAUUUUAUAACAUCAGUAUGACAAUUUGGUUCCAUGGUGGAUGACUUUGAAGGCAGAUUUUGCAAUGAAGCAUACAUUUCCAGUUAUUUGCCUAAACAGAUAUUUCAGAAGUAAAUCAGGAACUAAGUUCAUAUCUUGCUAUUUGUUAACACCCCACCAUAAUUAACAUUAUUUACCUUUGAUAAGCACUUCAUAAGAGUGUUUUGUACCUCGGAUCAUAUAUUUUUUAACAGAGUAAAUCUAAAUGUUGUGUGCUGCCAUAGCUAAUGCAGGACAAAACGUAGUAUUAAAACAAGAUUAUAUGACUCACAUGAAGUAACUUGGGCCCUGUUUUAAAGACAGCUUCGAAGUUGCUCUUUUAUACGACACGCUUGAAGGUUCAUGAAAAAAAGAUAAAAUUGGCAUACCAUACCACAAAACAUUUUGCUACAAAUGCUCUGUUGGUUGCAGUUUCUGUUAGGAACUCAGGCAACAAGUGCCCCACUCCACUCCCGACACCAGAAAUAUUUAAGGUUAGAUAUUUAUUAAAUUGU